AAAUUGACCUUGGACGAAUUGCUUCUGUUCAUAGGCGCCCUCUCCCUCCGCUCUCAAAGGGAAAAAAGAAGAGUUCAUUUCUAGGGUUCCACAAUCUUCACAUUUUCCGAUCAUCCAACGGAGUUACAGGAAAAAUUAAAUUGAAUUAAAUAAAAUAAUGGGUGGUGGUAAUGCUCAAAAAGCCAAGAUGGCGCGUGAGAAGAAUUUGGAGAAAUCGAAAGCAGCUGGCAAAGGAAGCCAGCUUGAUACCAACAAAAAAGCCAUGACAAUUCAGUGCAAGGUGUGUAUGCAGACAUUUAUGUGCACGACAUCCGAGGUGAAGUGCAGGGAACAUGCCGAAGCAAAGCAUCCCAAAGCCGACGUGUUUGCCUGUUUCCCUCAUCUCCAGAAAUGAUUUUUAUCCCGACGAGUGUCGUACAAUUCCUGCCGAAAAAACAAGCAUCUGAUGUUUACAACUAAUGUAUUUAAUAAUGGUUUAAUUAAGUUAAGAUGAGUAUUGUGGAAUGGUGCUUGUAUUUGUUGUGCUUCUUUAGUAGGAUUUGUGUGUUUCUUUAGUAGAUUUGUAUGUUAUCUUAACACCUUGUUUGGUUGCCAAUGUAAGAUUGAAUAAUGAAAAUUGUGUGUUCAUAAACGUUCGCACGGCUUUUUUCUUAG